CGCGCACUCGGUCAGAAAGCGCGUGCACGCAGAGCAGGUCCGGAGCGAAGUUAAAGGCUGGGAUCCAGAAAGUGCGUCUGCAUAAGGAACCCGGAAAAGAACCCGGAGAGGAACCCAGAAACGCCGCCAGGCUCCACAGACUGAAUAAUCCAGAGAUCUGAUACGGAAUGAUGCAGUUGAGCGUGUGAUCUCUGACUCUACUGCCGUAACCGAGGGAGAAGAUUCAUCAUGUCGGUUUUUAAACUGGAUAACGUUGAGGAUUUAUAUGAGAUCAGGGAGGUUCUGGGCAGUGGUCAUUUUGGUCAGGUGCGUGAGGUGUGUGAGAGAGCUACAGGUGUCCUGUGGGCAGGAAAGUUUCUGAAGCUACAGCGUGGCGCUGGGAGUCGCCUGGGCCUGGAGAGAGCGAGUGUGGAGAAAGAGGUGGAGAUCCUGAAGAGCCUGCAACACCACAACAUUAUGGCCAUCAGGGAUGUGUUUGAAAGCAAGGCAGAGGUGGUCCUCAUCGUAGAGCUAAUUCGAGGUGGUGAGCUGUUUGACUUCAUCGCUGAGAAGGAGAGCCUGAGUGAGUCGGAGGCGAUUGAGUUCCUGAAGCAGAUUCUCAAGGGAGUGAGCUUCAUGCACAACAAACACAUCGGCCAUUUUGACUUAAAGCCUGAGAACAUCAUGCUCUCAGAUAAACGAGGGCCUCAUCCUGAUAUAAAGAUUAUUGAUUUCGGCAUGGCUCACUGCUUUCUACAAGGAGAGGACUAUAAGAGCAUGGGCGGCACCCCUCAGUACAUUGCACCUGAGAUCAUCAACUACGAACCUCUCAGUACAGCAGCAGAUAUGUGGAGCAUCGGUGUCAUCACCUACAUCCUGCUGAGCGGUCUUUCGCCGUUCCAAGGUGACACAAAUGAAGAGACUCUGAAGAACAUUCUGGACAUGAAGUAUCAGUUUGAGCCGCACUUCUUCAGCCUCACAAGCUCUAUGGCCAAAGACUUUAUCCAGAAACUGCUGGUCAAAGAGCAGAGUAAGAGGAUGACUGCUGAUGAAUGCCUGAUUCACCCCUGGAUUAAACCUCUCAAUCAGACACAGAUGGCGAAGAGAAACCGCUCAUCCAUCAACAUGAAGAACUUCAAAAUGUUUAAUGCUAGAAGAAAGUGGAAGAUGUCCUAUAACAUGGUGUCGGCCUGCAAUCGUCUGAGCAAACUAAAGCUGGUGUGUAAAACAAGCGCCUUGGAAAAAACAGAGCUGAGAGAUUGUGAGAGCGAUCAGGAAGACACUCAGACAAAAACCACUUCUCUCUUACGUCGGAGACUGAGCAACAGUUCCUAGAGAAGAGAUGUGAAAAAUGGAUUCCUCUGCAGAGCUUUAGGAAAACAGGUGAAGUGCAGGGUGAACAUCAUUACUAGGAGACAUAAGGAGCUACAGCACGAGACGAGAGUUCAUAUGGUGAACCAAACCCACAUCGUUCUCUAAACCUGUGGUCUUCAUCCACCAUGUUGCAAACCAGGACCAGGCCAUGGAUUAUUUGGUACCAGGACACACAGCAUGAAUUAAAACGUUUUAAUGUUUAUUUAAUUUCCAUUUUAUUGACUUUCCAGGUCUGCAGCAUAUUUUAUUUUAUUUGAUUGAAAAUGACCACUUCCAUUUAUUCCACUUUCCUGCAUUGUUCAGUUGCAGUUUUUUUCGAUAAAUUAAACUCUCACUGAUUCUGCAUUAUGGUGAGUGAAGUUACAUUUUCGUUAUAUAUGUAAUUAAUAAAAUGAAUAAUAUGAUCUGCACGUUAUUAUGUUUAGUUACGCCAAUAAGUUGCUGAGUGCUUUUCUGAACCAUGCAAGUUUAUACGUUUACUGUAUUUCCAGACACAUACAUCUGCAAGGCUACAUGAUAAAGAGCUGAGAGUUCACAGCCCCCAUAAACCCUGAGCUUUGCUUUAGAACAUUUGAGAACAUCUCUCUGAAGCUUCUAGUGCCAACUUUACAUGCCAUUACUUUAGUAACUGAAGUUAAGAUCAUUGUAGAUUUUGUGAGUCGAUGUAAUUUCUGUUCUAAACAUUACAAAUGAUUUUUUUUAAACUUUAGACACGCACAAUAUAGUUACUACAUUAAAAUAUUAAACACUUGCUAAUCAGAUGUACAUCGACUUCAUGGCCAGUUACUGUUCCAGCUGGUGAGCAGGUUCACUCUGCAUUCUGACUGGGGAGAAAACCCGCUAGUUUGUACAAUAGUUAGUUAAUUACCAAGAAAAUGUGUGUUUCUUUUGUACAUAGUUUACAGGAAAUAUAUACGUCAACUACAGCAGAAUCACUUCAUUCUUACUCCUCUCUCUGGACUGCAAGUGUUCUUCUGUGUGUUAUCUCCACGAUUCGAGUAAAUCAACAAGGAUAUUAUGAGAAUAGAACCUAAUGUCUAGGUUCUGGUAUUCGGUUAAUAUUUCUGGGACGAGUCUUUGGGGAUUUGAGAAUAUUUACUUAAUAAAUGGAGUGAAGUAGACUUUCACACUGUGUGCCUUAAACAAUAUAAAACAUAACCACUGAUUUACUUGCUUGUGUACGUUUAUCACACCCAGAGACAUCCAUCUGUGUUUAGAUUGAAGCCAAGUUCGAGGAGCUCCAGGAGCAUCAGGCUGUGUGUUUAUGCAUUCUUAUGAUGUCUGUUACAGUGGAAUGCAGAACUGAUUUUUUUGGUGACUAAGAAAACUUGGUGUAUCUGAGAUUCAUAUUUUUAUUUAACGAUUGUAGAAUUGAAACGAAAUCAUCAGAGCACAAAUAUCCCAAUAUCGCCAUUUUCAUCAUAACUAUAAUGUAACUGUUACACAGAUGAGAAUAUUUCUGUAUAAUUGGUUCGGAAGUAGGAGAGAUUCCCAUGUUCUUGUUUUCUUUUAAAUAUAAAGAGCAGAGUCACCAGGUAACUUUCCCAAAUACAGUUUGUUUGCUUCAGAGACGGUCUUUAUAUCUAUUAACUCUGCAUAACGCUUCAAUCUAUUUGUUUUUUUAUUAUUUUGUAUUAUGGGUAAAUCUGCACUACCAAAGAAAUGUGCAUCGAAUCAUAUAUUUAAUUACUUUAAAUAUAGUGUUUGAUUUAUUACAGUAAGAUCCAGAAUAGAAUUUGAUACAUUUGGCCAAUUUGAAAUUGGUAGUGUGACUGAGUGGAGGUGGGACCAGGAUCAUGAGGUGACUAUAAUUUUAAACUCAACAAGGAAAUGGGCACACAGGAACCUCCACUGCUUCUGAAAGAACCUGUCCUGGCCUUCAUCCACACUGCUGUGGAGCCAAAGUGAAGCAACGGUGAUCAUGAACUAAAUUAUAAAUGAUAAAACACUAACAUUGUUCUCCAGCAAAUUAAUUAUAAGGCUACUAAUGUACUUUAUUUGAGAAUGUUUAAAGUUUUUCCCAGUUGUGGACCCACAAGUUCACACUGCUGCAGCACACUGGCUGAAUCCUAGAGCUACGUUUAAAAUGUGUUGGGGUUUUUUAUGUUUUUGGGUAGAUUAAUGCACAUAUCAAACUAAAAUGUUUACUGUAAAACAGUCACAGAUGCCAUUAUAAGGUCCAUGUCUUCCAUUUGAAAAGUAAUACAGUAAUAUUCAGGAUAAUUUUUGUUAAAAUCAUAUGCUUAUUUUUGCAAAUUAUUUUCCUAAUAUAUAAUUUAUGCCUUUAUAAGAGAAUGUUAUCUCGUGUGCAUAACUGUUGUACUGUUGAAUUUAAGCAAAUUUAUAAUGGACUAUUAAUAUCCUUUAACUGUUGCUUUGGUGUUUAAUAAAUGAAUAGCAACUGCAGCUGAAAUAUAAAGCAGCUGUAUUUACUUUAGCAGUAUUGACCUGUGCAGUUUGAGUGUAUUGUGUAUUUAUGUUUUGUUCUUAUUUUGUAGUUUUAUUCUUAACUUUCUGAUUCUUGUGAGGAUUCGAUCAUAUGCAUGUUUAUUUUUCUGUUAAAUAUUCUACCUAAUGUCGGAUUGUGUUUGAUGCUGUGUAUAAUUAAUAAAACACUGCCUGCUUUAAUCUCA